GUGUCUCCAGCCUUUACAGUCCCCCUACGUUGAUCCUGCUCGACAAUAGAAUUCCACCGCGUUGAAAAGCCUUUGAUCAAGAUUUCCAUAUACCCACACCCACCAAGGAAGCGAUUGGAAACUCAUUUUGAUGCCAGCUUUCCACCGAAAGGUGUGGGCCACGCGUGUCGAGCCGUAUCGUCUCGGCGCGUCGAGUCGUGCCGCGAAUACGAGCGAAUGCCUCGUUCUAAUGACCUACUCCCACAUCGGCGAGGGUCCGUGCUCCCAGCCGAGCAAAGUCGAGUUCAGUCGUCGACUGACCGGGGUCCGGGCCUUUUCCGCGGGCCUGAUUCACCCGAUGCCAGAUACGUGUACACUCCCGAGCGAGCCGGGCCUUCCGUUCCUUUCCCGUUGACGGUACGUGUGCGCAAAUUAUUCUGACCCUCGACGCCGGUUCAGUGCCGUGGGAGCUGCUUGGUUCUUGACUCCUUCAAACUGCGACUCUCGAAAUAAUUAGGAGAGAUCACGAGGGGCCAAGUUUUCGCCAUCGCAAGUAUGCGUCUCCAGACACUUCUUGGCUUAUUGUUCGUCGUAUGCGUGCUAGUCGUAAGGGAUGCUUCUGGCCACGGAAGACUGAUCGAGCCGCCCUCGAGGGCCUCGAUGUGGAGGUACGGCUUCGACACGCCGCACGAUUACAACGAUAACGAGUGCUACUGUGGCGGAUUCACCAGACAGUGGCAACGGAAUAAAGGGAAAUGUGGAAUCUGCGGGGACCCCUGGGACUCCAGAACGCCACGUACACACGAGACAGGGGGAAAAUACGGAAACGGCGUGAUUACAAGAAAAUACCGAACUGGCUCGGUGAUACCGGUUCAUGUGGAGCUUACGGCGAACCACCACGGCUAUUUCGAGUUUCGUACGUGCGCGAUGACCUACAAGGACAAGGAAGUCACCCAGGAUUGUUUGGACCAGUAUCUCCUACGGGCGGAGAACGGGUCGAUCAGAUAUUAUCCAGGCCCAGGGAAUAGGAUUUUCGAGGCCUUCUAUAAACUACCAGACGACCUGACCUGUGCUCAAUGCGUUUUUCAAUGGAGAUACAUCGCUGGAAAUAAUUGGGGCGACUGUGGAAACGGAACAGGAGCUGUGGGUUGUGGUCCGCAGGAAGAAUUUCGUGCUUGCGCUGAUAUCACCAUAGGCGAUGACGUGGAGCCCCUACCACCGAGACCACCGAAGGAGCCAACAGUUCCUGGCGAGAAAUCCCCAACGGAACCAACACUGGUGCCCAAGUCCCAUGGGCCCCACUGGCUGUUCAGUAUCGUCAUCGCUGGUACGUGCCUGCUGGUUGUGCUGGCGGCUAUGGCGUUGCUUUACUCGUACUACUAUCACGCUGGCAGAGCCAAAAAGUGGCUCAUGGCGAGGCGAUUACUGGCACCUGAAAGUCCACCUGUCGCUCCACCGAGGCAUAAAAGACACACAUCCCAUGCACCAUUGCAGCUGUAGAAAGACAUUUGCGUUU